ACUGUGUCCUUCUAAUGACUCGUCUCUGGUCGACUACUUGGGUGUAACCGCAGCAGGUUGCAGCGUUGAUACUACAAAACAAACGCACCAUGGACAUGUGGCGUUACCACUAAGCUAAAAUGAUUUUAUUAUGGAUCCAGAGCAAGCCCCUAUGUCUUUGUUUUUGUGAGGAAACUCAAUAGUAGUUAUGAUGUACAUUUGAACAUUUUAUUCACAUGUUUACAUCUACCCCAUCUUCAAAUUUGAUAAUACAGUAACUAGUAGACGUCAGUACUGUUAGUUUUAGCCGUAGUUAAGUUUUAGCUCACUAAUAAACUGGAGAUUAAAUUUGUGUCAUUCGGUUUGAGUCCAGGGAUAAAAACACAUAUAUAACAUGAUCGUUGUGUGGGAGGAAAUGCUCACACAACAAUGUCAUGUCGUUGUGUGAGUGAUAAAAACGAGAAAGACUUCAAAAUGUACAGUCGUGACUUAAAAACUACCAACGAGCCACGGUUCCACGAUGACCAUCUUGUGCUGUGUGUACUCUUUGGCUCCGCUGCUUAGCAACAAACAUUAGCGAGCUAGCCAGUUGCCUGGUUAGCCACUCGCGAGCGCAACGUAGUUAGCCGAAAGCCUGGCUCGCGGACUGACAGUGAUGAGUAUAGAUCGUGAUUGGCAUCCUGUAAACGUCACAUAUUUAACCCAGUUAUCGACGUAAAUCAAACUUCGUCCGUCGUUGCGAUGCAGAUAGCAUUCGGUGUGUGGAGACAGUAGACACGUAGUACAAACAGGUGUAGCAGAAGGUUAUUUUACUCCGGGGGAAAAUGGCUAACCCUAGCUAGUUAACAGUAGCACCGGAGUCACCAGCGUCUUCCUGCUGCCAUAGAGAAGAGCAAAGUCAGAGGCUGUAGAAAUGUGAUGGUGGCUUAGCUGGCAGAUUAGCUGUUCUAAUGUUGGCGGACAUCGGAUGAGCUGUUGAGCGAUUUUACAGGUGGUACAUGUGUCCGUGUCGCUUUAUCAAAACAACCCGGGCCGAGUGGAAUUGAGAAAACCAGCCAGCCAUCGCCACCAUGUUGGAGGAGGACAUGGAAGUGGCCAUCAAGGUGGUCGUCGUCGGCAACGGAGCCGUCGGCAAAUCCAGUAUGAUCCAACGUUACUGCAAGGGCAUCUUCACUAAGGACUACAAAAAGACCAUUGGCGUGGACUUCCUGGAAAGACAGAUACUUGUCAACGAUGAAGAGGUGAGACUAAUGCUUUGGGACACCGCAGGGCAGGAGGAGUUUGACGCCAUAACCAAGGCCUAUUAUCGUGGUGCACAAGCAUGUGUGCUCGUCUACUCCACGACAGACAGAGAGUCAUUUCAGGCCAUUGACAGCUGGAGGGAGAAGGUGGAGGCAGAGGUCGGAGAUAUUCCUACAGUUCUCGUGCAGAACAAAAUUGACCUCCUGGAAGAAACGGUUAUAAAAAAUGAGGAGGCAGAAGCUUUGGCUAAAAGACUGAAACUGAGAUUUUAUCGAGCUUCAGUAAAAGAGGACCUCAAUGUCAACGAGGUUUUCAAGUACUUGGCUGAAAAGUACCUCCUGCAGCUCAAACAGCAAACGGCAGAGGAGACGGAGGUGGUUCACACAACAAGCAAUAAAAUAGGUGUUUUUAAUACCACGAGUAGUAAUGUCUGCAACCAGAACUCCACCAACGGCAGAGAAGUCAUCACUUUGCGACCUAACAAACAACGGACCAAGAAGAGUAAAAAUCCUUUUGGAAGUUGCAGCCUAGUCUAGAUAGAAUCAUUUCAUUGUCGUUAUAGUCUGUUGUGACUAAGACUAGACUGGACAAUUGUUGUAUUCAGUGUAGGUAGCCACAUUCAGAGACCAAAGCCCAUAUAGACUGGGAAAUACUACUUCAACUAAUCUGAUAUAUAAUCUGUAUCCCCCCACAUCAACGGAUGAAUUUGGACCUACAUUAUCGGUCUGUCGACAUUUGUACGCUCUUGUGUAACAGCGAGAAACGCAGGUACGCUAUAUAUAUGGAAAAAAUAAUAAUAUCCGUGAGUGUAUGUGGCUUUUCUUUUGUUUCAAAUGUUGCGAUACAUAUUAUUCGUCACAUGUAUGUAUCGGCAAACAUUACAAAAUACAAAAUAUUUCCUUCCGGUCACCCAUUCAUGCAUUUCAACCGUGCAAUAGGUUUGCAUGCAUUUUUAGUAGCCGCUCCCGUUGUUUUCAAGCUUCUUUUCAAAUCGUCAACAACGUAUGGUUCAGAUGAUAGUGUUUUAAGUGUGGACACAAAAAAACACUAAUUGAAUCCAAAGUCACUUCUCGGUGCAGAAGUAUUUUUGUAUGAAUCACAACAGUGUUGAUAUUGUGCCAAACUUCCAUUGUUUGUUUGUUUUUUUCUCCGAGCUGUAAUGAAACACGAACUCUGAUUUUUGGAUGUAUCAUGAAAUGAAUAGAAUGUGCUUCUAUAACCAAAUAUGAGCAACGACUGUCAUAAAAUAGUCACUUAUUUAAAGAUUUGUUUAUCGAACUCUUAACACCAGGUUCUGGACUGGACAUAAAUGAUCUUCUGCUCUCUUUAGUCACAUUUCAUGAACUUUGGCAUCGCUGUGAGUGAAUCCAUUUUCUCUUCAAUGUAUAACUUUUCAAACUGUUGCUAUGGUUUCUUCUCCGUAAUGAGGGGUGCUACGGAAUUAUUUCUCAAUAUAACUAGUGUUUUACUUUGUUUUAUGUUAUCUUUUUGGCAAAAUGGACACCAAGCACAAAGAAAUGCAUGACGACGUGGGGAGAAGUCUUACAUUAAAUCGACUGCUUUUUUUACUUCUACACGUUACGUUUGUCUUGGAUUACAUUUGCAUGCCUAUUUUUGUGUUUUUGAAAGCUGCGUCCAGCUUCUAAUGCAGAUCAGAUGGGACUGAAUUUAUUCUUUUUUUCUAUGCUUUACUCUGUAGUCUCAACCGUUAAUCCUUAGAUUGUCACAUUUCACUUUAUUGUGUGGUUUUAUGUAAACAGUUCUUUCUUUGGUGGGGGGGAAAGUGGCACAUUUAAUGCAUGCAAGCUGUUUAUUUUCCACAUAUUCAAAGCCACAAUGCCUUGUCCAAGUUUACAUUCCCUCCCGAUGACCACCAGUAACCAUUUUAAUCCUUCUCUUGCCGUUGGUUUAUAACUGCCGUGAACCUAUAAAUAAUCAUUUCUUAAGAUUUCUC